AUGAGAAGAGCUUCACAGAUUUUUAACCGAUUGCUCGGUAGAAGUUUGCCACAUGCGAACUUCGCAGAACAUCAGAAGGAAUUGAAAGUGAUCGCAAAGACGAAUAAUGGUAUGAUAGAGACGAUUUCGGUGAAUCACGGGCUCUCGCCAGAUGUAAGUUGAAUUUCUAAUUCUAACCCGAAAAAUUAUCGAUUUUUGCAGGGCAACUUCUAUCAUUUCGUGCUAAUCCCAAAAUCCUCGGGAAUUGAUCCAAUCAUGCGAUUCACCGUCAAAAUUCAACAGGAUUUAACACGCCCGGGUUUCGCGAAAAUUUUGCGAACUGUUGAAAAAUCAGGAAACAAUACAAAUCCGGCGGAAGUUAUUGAGUUGGAAGUGCUUUUCGACGAUUUCAACUAUCACUAUGUUUGUUCGAGAUGGUUGAUGAGUUUCUUGUAUGAGUAUCGUUUUAUUGUGAGGAGUUUGGAUGUGAUGUUGGUAAGGGUUUUGAAGAUUUCGAAACUUUUGGGGAAGCUUGGUGGGAAAAACUGAUCCAUUUCAAUUAAGCAAAACUGAUCCAUUCCCUCUCAAAAUAAGCUCCCGCUAAACCUCUCAAAAAACCCCCAAACCUUGCAGCCACCCCGAAUUCCAUGUACCAGCGAAGUUCGCGAACACAUGUUGGAAAGAUUCGAAGUCAUUGUAGAUAGUGCUGAAACUGACGAAUAUGUUGUGGAUUUUUGGUUGGAUCGUAUCAGAAGUCUUGUCGCUCAUCUCAUAAUUCGAUCCGACGGAAUAACUGUCAAAGUGAAGGAUAACGAAUUUUUGCGUGAUGUUCAUGCCGUGGAAAUUUACGGAAAAACGGAUUUGGAUUGGGAGUGGAUUUAUACGUCGACUGUUUAUCGAUUUCAUCACCACGGGAUUGAACGAUUGGUUUUGACUGAUCAUGAGAUUAAGGAGGCUUGCGAGGUGAGUCUUGGAAAAUUUAGAAAUUUAAAAAAAUAUCGAAAAUAAGAUUUUCGAAACCCUCGAAUUUCUCUCAAUUUUUCAGCACUUCAACGAUCCACAAAGCAAUAUAAAAAUAAUGAUUUUCGAUCAAGGAACUGUUGAAAGAGGAGAAGAAUUGAAGAAAUGGUUGAGAGAAAAACAUCCAGAUCAUAAAAAAGACGUCGAUUAUUUUUAUCGAAAAGUCGGCAAGGAUCAAAUGUUUUAUUUUGAAAUGAAACAUCGAUAUUUGAAGUUUGGAAAAUAUAUUGAUACUCCAAAAUUGAAUGAUCCAUCAUAUGAGGCAAUAUUUCCAGAAUAUAAACUGGCUUUAAAUUUUACAUAA